GUCGUAAACUGUGAUAUAUUUAGGACAGAAAAAAAAAAACAGAUUGAUUCUAGCGCCAAUUUGAAACGAGAUAUCGCAAUUUUAAUAAUUAUAUUUAAAAUAUUCAGAUUUUCCACUGCACUGUGUUAAUCACUUUUGAUUCAUUUCUGAACACGGGGGUAAAACUGACGGGCCAUAAAUAUAAUUUAGGUAAGAAUGGUAACCACAUUUAUGAUGGAUUAGUGUCCUGCACCUGGCAUGUUGACGAUCUGACUCACAAAUUCUGAGAAAUGGUGGAGACGCCCGGACAGGGGUCAAACAAAUUAAGACCUGCCUGGCCACGUGUGCGUAAUAGUCUUCUGUCCCCGCCUCUUUAGUCUUUGGUCAGAGUGGAUACAGAACAAAGCACGUGGUAGUCUAGCUUGCCUUAUCUCAAACAUGAUUUGUUGCGGGCCUCAGAAUUUUCGGCACAAUGAGACAUUGUUUUGCAGAGUGAACAGUAUGGCGCCGGGCAUUAAACGCAAGGUCAAUCGCGAGAAUCAUCAGUUUCAAGAAGUGGAAGUGUGGACUAACAAGUACUGUUUUGUGCAACAGAACAACAGCAUUAUUUGCCUUUUGUGCAAUGGAACAAUAGCAGUGCCAAAAGAAUUCAACCUGAAGCGACAUCAUGAAAGCCAACACAAGGAUUUCCUUCUGCAAGGUACGGAACGCAAACGGAAAAUCGAAUCGUUACGACGAUCACUAAUCAGCCAACAAAAUGUGUUCAAGAAACAAUCUGGAGAAUUGGAUGCGGCUGUUGAAGCCAGCCUAGAAAUAUCUGCUUUAAUAGCCAAGAAUGGGAAACCUUUCACAGAUGGCGAUAUGAUAAAAAAGUGUCUUAUCAUCGCAAGUGAGAUGUGUCCUGAGAAGACAGUGUUUUCAAACAAUCAGUCUUAACCACAUGACGAUACAACAAAGAAUCUCGCAAAUUGCAUCAGACAUUUCUGGCCAACUUAAUAUUUUAGUUGCAAACUGUGCUUAUUUUUCUUUGGCUGUGGACGAAUCCACUGACAUAUCAUCAACAGCACAAGUGAUUGUGUUUAUUAGAAGUGUUUCACUAGAUUUUAUUGUGAAUGAAGAAUUUCUUGGCAUGGCAUCACUUUCUGGACAUACAACUGGUGCUGACUUAUUUACUAGUUUAUUGAGCGUUUGCAACAAAUCAGCACUGGACUUUGACAAGCUAUCCAGCAUUGCCACUGAUGGAGCACCAUCUAUGGUUGGAUGUGAGAAUGGCAUGGUCACCUUGCUGAAAAACCACCUUGGGGACAGGCAAAAGGAGUUAGUCCAGUAUCAUUGCAUAAUUCACCAACAGCAACUUUGUGCAAAGAAGCUGGGAUUUGAACGUCUGCUGAAAGAUGUCUAUGAUACUGUGAACUUAAUCCGCCGUCAUGGACUCAACCAUCGACUCUUCACAUCAUUUCUUGAAGAAAUAGAUGCUGAUUAUGCUGACCUGCCCACGUAUACUGAAGUUCGUUGGCUGAGCAAGGCAACAGUCCUCAAGAGAUUUGUGGAGCUAUUGGGGCCUAUUAUCACUUUCCUCAAAGAACGGGGGAACACUACAAGGAAUUUGGAGGGACAAAGAUGGCAGUGUGAUUUAGCUUUCCUUGCUGACAUUACUGCUUAUCUAAACGACCUUAAUUUGAGAUUGCAGGGAAAGAUGCAACUUGUUUCUCAGUUGACAAGUAACAUCAAUGCAUUUAUGACCAAACUAUCACUUUUCAAGUCCCACAUGCAAUCAGAGAACUUUACACACUUUCCACAUUGCAAGGCCAUGAAAGAGAAAUACCCACAUAUGAAGAUGGAUUACUCUGACCAAGUUAACACCCUCCUUACAUCAUUCAAUGAGAGGUUUGGUGAAUUCCAGAAAUACAAGAUCUACCUGCAACUUUUUUCAACUCCAUUUGAUGUGAAAGUGGAAGAUGCCCCUCCAGAUGUCCAACUUGAGUUGAUAGACAUCCAGUGCAGUGAUGAAUUGAAAUCACAGUUCAAAAAUUCUAAUCUCCUCACAUUCUACAAAGAACUGCCAGAUACAUCAUUUCCAAAACUGAAAGACAAUGCUCGAUUUUGUGCAAGCAUGUUUGGCAGUACCUAUGUAUGCGAACAAGCAUACAUAGGUACUGCCAAACAAGCUUGCAAGUUUUCGCUUAUGAAUUUAAACAAGUGCAAAACACGGAACAGGUUAACCAACGAGAAUUUGGAAAAUCUGCUGGUUAUUUCAACAUCUGCCAUUACACCAGACAUAAAGAAGAUUGCCGCCAGCAUCCAAAUCUCAGCCAUCGCAUUAAUCGCUUGGAGGUCCGGCCCCCAGUCAGUAAACUUAAUCCUAAUUUGGCCCUUCUUCACAAAAGGUUGUGCAUCCCUGUUUGAGUCCACUCUGGUUCUGCUUAGCCUUGAACUCAUUAUGGCCACGUUUCUUUAUGCAGCGCUCGAGAAACGCUUUACAGCAAACACUCUGUAUCCCAUUUCUAAAUGCAGUGCUGCAAUGUAGAGAACCGUUUCUAAA